AACACUCGUCAGUGCUCGAGAGAUUCCUUUCCUCAAUCACCUAAGAGCUCGAAACAGAGCACUGGCGAUUGUCCGAGCGAGGACGGCUCCUCCACAGCUCCCCCAUUAUUCCACCUCGACACUCAAAUCCCUGUCGCUCAUCCCAAUCUCGACAGCUGCCCCGCAAAGGAAAAGGAGUUUCGGCCUUUUCACCUGUUACCUUGCGAUUUCCUCAUCUGAGGGCGCAGCAAUCUUUUUAACAAAUGUUCCAGCGAGUCCGUGAGGCUCCGCGGCACUCUCGCCACGCGAGCACAAAAUUCAAAAUGACAGCGAUGUUCGCAGGAGCAACAGAUGUCGCGUGUGCGCCGAGCAAGGCCGCUUAUAGGAGCCUGGUGCGCGAAUACUACCGCUCCGAGGAAUUCGACUCGCGUGUAUUCUCGGACCCGUCAUGGUUCUACCCGAGUCCAGAGUACCACCCCUGCGCUCAGCCAGAGAGGACCGAUGUAUUUGCCGCGCAUUGUGAAGAAAUCGUCUUCCGGCGAUCCACAUAAUUAAGAAAUCUUAGAGCAGAAUAAAAGGAAUCAUCUCGUCAGAAAUCAGAUUUUGCUUUUGCUUUUUUUUUUCUUUUCAUUUCAUUUCCCCGUUUUUUUAUCGUCGUUUUUAUUUCGCGUGAACUUUGCAGCUGAAUCGAGAGAUCAAUAGAUCCUUGCACCCCGCGUCUC